AUGCUUAUUGUCCUUUUCCAGAUCCGGUUUUAUGAAGACAAAAACUUCCAAGGUCGGUAUUAUGAGUGCAACACUGACUGUCCCGAGCUUAACACCUACUUUAGCCACUGCAACUCUGUUCGUGUGGACAGCGGGGCCUGGGUUCUGUACGAGAGGCCCAACUACCUGGGCUACCAGUACAUUCUGACCAAGGGGGAGUUCCCUGAUUACUACCACUGGAUGGGUUACAAUGACAGCAUCAGGUCCUGCCGGAUCAUACGAAACAUAUCUGGUGUGUUCAGGAUUCGUGUCUACGAGCGCCCUAACUUUAGCGGUCAGAAGUUUGAGUCCACUGAAGAUGUUAGCAACCUGCCCGACCGCUGGCAGCUCCGCGAUGUUCACUCUGCUCAGGUGCAGGACGGUGCCUGGGUCUUCUACGAGCUUCCCAACUACCGCGGACGCCAGUACCUGCUGGAGAGAGGAGAGUACCGUCGCUACAAUGAGUGGGCAGCCGUGAACCCCAGUGUGGGGUCCUUCCAACGCGUCUGCAGCGAUUAA